GUGAAUUUUACCGAGUGACACCAGAAAUUGAUAAAUUAUAUGUUAUUCAGUUAGGUUCGCUAGUAAAUGGUAUUAACUAUUAAUUUUAUUUAUAUAAACCAUAGUUGAUAAAUGAUCUAUACCUAUGGAAAACUUUAAACAAUUAUGUUAUGACAAUAAAGUUAUAUUAGCACCUAUGGUUAGAAUUAAUACACUACCUAUGCGUUUGCUAGCUUUGGAUUAUGGAGCGGAUAUUGUUUACACUGAAGAAUUGAUCGAUCAUAGACUAAUUAAAUGUUCUCGCCACGUAAAUGGUAAUUAAAUAAAUUCAUAAAUUAAAUUAUAUAGUGUACUAUAAACAGUUAUUAAUUACUGUAAAUAAAUAUAUAAAAAUUAAUAAAUUAAUACUUCUUGAGUAUUAUGAUAAGUGAAUUAUAUGACCGAUUUUGAAUUAAAAAUCCAUCAACCGAUAUAUCACAGUCCAAAUGUAAAAUGCGACUGAAUAUAAAAAAUUAAAUGUAGGAAUUCAUAAAAAAAAAUUACACAAAUUGGUCGUUUUACAUCUCUAGAAAUAAUUUAUUUUAAUAGAAGAGAUUAUUUAAAAUGAGUUAUUAUUAAACAUAGUUAUGUUAAGAAUUAUAAACUAUUUGAUUAUUAUUUAUUAUAUAAAAUGUAUUGAUAUAAGAUAUUAUUUUUAAAAUCGGUUUGUACAUUUAAAAUAUUAAAAUUAUUUUCUUUAUUUCAUUUUAUGUAUGUAAUUCUUCUAAAACUGAAUUAAUGUAAAUGUUUUUUUGGGUAUUUAAUAUCUCUAAGUUUGUAUUAAUAUUAAAGCCUUUAUUAUAGUUAUUUUCUAAAACAUGUUUAGUGAAAUUUGAGUUUGGGGUAGUCUUUUUUAAUUUUAUUUCAGAAAUGUGUUCUUUAUAUCUUAUUUUAAAAUUUCUAUUUGUCUUAUCUAUAUAAAAUUGAUUACUGUUACAUUCAAGUUUAUAUAUACUAUCGUUUUCAAAAGAAAGGAGGGUUUUCGUGAAGUUUUUAGUUCUAGUGUUUAUAUGUUUGAUUAAAUUAUUAUUAGUCUUAAAAUUGAUUUUUACAUUAUUUGUAUUAUUGUUCAGAAUUUGAGCCAAUUCAUUAGACAUAUUUUGAUAUUCCAUACUACAAUAGUUAACAACAUUAUUCAUUCAUGUAUUUAUUUUUUAUUUAUAUAUUUAUUUACGAGUAUUAAUCAUUUUAAUAAUUUUGUUUUUACUUUAUUAUUUUAUUAUUAAUUAUUAAAUAUGUUUAUUAUUAUUUUAGAUACAUUACAAAGUAUUGAUUUUAUUGACAAAAGUAAUGCUACUGUAGUGUUCCGUACUUGUUCACGUGAAAAAUUGCAUGUUGUUCUUCAAAUUGGUACUAGUGACCCUGAACGAGCUGCUAAGGCAGCACAAGUAGUGUAAGUACAAUUACCACCAAUAGUACAUUUAAUUUCUUAUUUAUUUAAUUAUCAUUAUUAGAGAACAAGAUGUAGCAGGAAUUGAUAUAAAUAUGGGUUGCCCAAAAGAUUUUUCACUCAAAGGAGGAAUGGGAGCGGCCCUUUUAUCUUGUCCUGACAAAGCGUGUACAAUUCUUUCUGCAGUAGUUUCAGCUGUUAGUAUACCUGUCACAUGCAAGAUUCGAGUGUUACCAGAUAUUAAUGAUACUAUUGAAUUGUGUAAAAAAUUAGCUACUACUGGAAUAGCUGCAAUUGCUGUACAUGGUCGUACUGUUAAAGAAAGACCCAAUCAUCCAAACAGAAACCAUUUCAUUAAAGCUAUAUCUGAAGCAUUAGAUAUCCCAGUUAUUGCCAAGUUAUUAUUAAUUAGAUAUACAAAUGUAUUAUGUUUAAGUAGGUAUGUCCUAACAAAUAAUAAUGUUUGUUUUAGUGGAGGGUCAAAAGAAAUUGAAACAUUUGAAGAUAUUACAAAGUUUAAAAAUAUAACUGGUUGUUCCAGUGUUAUGAUAGCCCGUACAGCAGAAAAAAAUUGUUCAAUUUUUAAACGCGAUGGGAAAUUAGAAUUAGGUACCAUAAUAAGAGAUUACUUGCACCAUGCUGUAGACUAUGAUAAUGUAGCUCCAAAUACAAAGUACUGUAUUCAAAAUAUGCUACGAAAUAUUCAAGAAACUGAGCAAGGAAGACAUUUUUUGGAGUCUACAUCCCUACAACAAAUAUGGUUUGUUUAAAGACAAAAAUACCUAGUUAACACAUUGACUACAUAUGUCUUUGCAGUUAUCACUCAAAUGUGUACAUAAUUUUUUAUUCCUUAUCAUAUUAGUUAUUUUAAUUAAUAAUUAAAUAUCAUUCAGCCACACGCAGGGAAUAGCAAACUAUUUACACCAUAAUAUGUAUUAUGUUUAUUGGACGUCAAAAGGUGUUGAAAGUGUUGCUAAAUGAUCCUUCAUUCUUAUGACAUCAAUUAGUCUAUACACAGUUAAUCUGUUAAUAAUUUAUACUAAUUCAAAUUUAAAUUCUAUAUAAUAUAAUAUGAUUAACAAAUUGUUCUGUUCUAUGGUUUUACUUUUUACAUCAAUUUUUUUAAUUUUAUAGAAAAUAUUGCUUGUAACACUAUCUGUGUUGCUAUUUUUAUCUAAGCCCAGUACAAUUUAGAUAUUUUAUUACAUUUUGUGUAAUGAUAUACCAUGCUAGUUUUAUAUGCCAUGGAAUAUUAAAACUACUAAAUUAGCGUUGAUGAAAUGUGUGAGACGGGGCUACACAAAUUAGACAGCUUUUUGUCAUGCAUGGUAUAUAUUUACCUGAGUAUAAAAGUUGUAAUAUACAUUUAAAUCAACUGCCUACAUAAUUUUUUGAGUAUUUUUUAUUAUUUUUUAGUGACCUUUGGGAUGUAGGCGAUUACUGUCGUGAGAAAACAAAGACAAUGAAUUGUCUUCGUUUUGAAGAAAGAGAUAUUGCAUGUAAUGAUCAAAAACGAAUUAAACCAAAUCCUAUCGAAGAAGAAUUGAAUGAUGUUAAUAGUUUAAAGUGUAUGUAUAUAAGGGCAUUAUAUCCUAGACCAGAGGAUUUACCAAAAACAAAAUUGUUAAAUUGGUCAAAAAAACACAAUAAACCGUUGCCAAAAUAUCAUACAGAACAAUUUGAAAAACUUUUUAAAAGUACUGUGACAUUUGAUAAUAAAAAAUAUUCUUCAACUUUUUGGUAAGCAAAUGCAAAUGUAACAAUUUUUAUAUGUUUAUUCAUAGUUUUCCAAAUUUGAACAUCUUUGUUUUUUCUAGGGAGAAAAACAAACGGUGGGCUGAACAAGGUUCUGCAAUUGUUUGUUUAUACUACUUAAAUAUUUAUGAUAUUGACUAUAUGAAAAUAAAUGGCAUUCUUGAGUAGUACCUACAAUGUUAUUACCUGUUUCCAUAUUACUAAAUUAAUUAAUUUUAUUUAAAACAAAAUAAAAUUUAUUUAUUAUAUUUUUUUAUAGAUAUUUAAUUAUUAGAUACUGAUUAUACCAAAGACAUUAUUGGUUUUUCUAAGAUGUGUGGCUCUUUCCAGGAACAUUUUUAAGCAUAGUAAAA